AUGGGUCUUGUGUUUUGUUCAAGAACGGGCUACUACUCUUUGUCUUUUGUGAUGCUGCUUUUGCAUGUGGGAGAGAUCUCAAGUGAUCUUCAAAAUUCGCAGUUCUUAACAGGAUCGAUGACGCAGCUGAUCGUCUCUCUGUCGACAAUGAAUCCGGAUUUUGUUGCGCUAGCUUAUGGGAUCAAAGAAUGUAUCGGUCUCAAGCAAUUGGUUCUCGAGUCGGAGUUUGAUUCUGGCGACGUGAUUGACCAAGCGGCUCAACACAUCGCCGAAGGCAAUGGCGUCUCGCAACACUCACGACACAUCGAACCUCUUUACCUUCGGAUCCGUGAGCAAGUGCAGCUUGGAGAGGUUGAUAUCCGUUACUGA